UCGUCUCGCUCUCAUUUACAUGAUAAAUGUCAACAUUAAUUAGCAAAACAAAAGAAAUCAAUAAUCAUUUUUUUACAAUUUGCAAAUACAUUUUUCUUCCUUAAGAGCACAAAAAUAGCAUUAAAAAAUACAAGUUUUUUUUAGAAUUUUUACAAAAGUUUUUGAACAAUUUUACCAAAUUUAAACAAGCCAAAAGAAAAUUAUACAUUUAAAAACGAAACAAACAAUAAAAAUGCAAGAUGGUAGACAAGCAGCACAACAGUAUCAGGAACAAGUAUUACCCGAGCGUAUGGCCGAAAUGGAAGUGACCCAACGACCUCAACCACCACAAAGACUAAAUCUCAAGAAUUCAUUGGCGUCGAGCAGAACUAAUAGCAAUGAUGAGACUGAACCGGAGGCCAGAUAUGAAUGUGCCAUUUGUAUGAGUUGGUUAAAGGAACCUGUGCUAACUACUUGUGGUCAUCGUUUUUGCAAAACCUGCUUGAACAAUUGGCUGCGCAAAAAGAAUCAAUUAUGUCCCAUGGAUAAUCAGAAACUAGAGGUGGAUAAAGAUGUUUUUCCGGAUAACUAUACGCGCCGUGAAAUACAACAGAUUAAGUUAAAGUGUGAGCAUAAUAAGACGGGUUGCACAUUUAUAGGUUCGCCCUUGGAAAUGGAACAGCACAAGCUAGAGUGCCCCUAUCGCUGUGAGGAGGAGCCCAGUGAGGAAAAGUGUCCCUUUGCCAGCAUUAAAUGUGAUUUUGUGGGACGCCCCGAAACCAAUGCCUUGGAAAUGCAUUUAAAAGAAGAUAUGCCACAUCAUUUGCAAUUAAUGUUGAGAUCUUUACAAAACACAGCCAUAGCCAGCUGGAAUCCACAAAAACCUGCUAGAGGACAAAAUGGUAGUGGAGCAGAGGGAGCUCUGCCACCACCACCACAAUAUGCCAAUGGUGAUGGCGUGGUUAGUGAGGAACAACUUAUACAGGCCAUGUAUCAGCGUAUAGUGGUCUUAGAGCAAAGAGCCUUCGAGCAAGAAGUCAAAAUAGAAAAUCUUACAAAACAACUGGUGGAGACACACCAACAAGUGGAUGCCCGCUACAGCAAUGGCACCAUAGUCUGGGAAAUUCGAAAUUUUCAAAAUCUUAUAAAUUACCUGCGUUCCAAUGCCAGUCAUCUAAAAUACUCCCCCGAAUGUUAUACUUCACCCUAUGGCUAUAAAUUCUGUGCCCGUCUCAAUAUACAACCCCGUAAUACAAAUCUUUUAAGUUUGCACGUCCAUCUAAUGCAAUCAGAAAAUGAUAUACACUUGGAAUGGCCCUUCAUAGGACGCAUUAAGUUGUGUAUGGUUCAUCCCAGAGACAUGAAGCUAUCACAACACGAUACCAUUAUGACAAAACCAGAAAUUUUAGCUUUUCAUCAGCCGCGCGAACGUAUUAGUGCCCGGGGUUUUGGUUUUGUGGAAUAUGCCAAUAUAGCGGAUAUCGUUAAGAGGGGAUUUUGUGAGGAUGAUCGUUUACUUAUUAAAAUACAAAUAAAUUUAGUCUAAAUUCAAAAGUAAGUAAAUAGGUUUGUAAGGUAUUUAAAAGGAAUUGCUUUUAACAUAAGGCAUUAAAAGGAAUUGUAAGAGAAAGUUUAUAAAAAUUAAAAAGAAAAUCCUAAAAAUAGAAAUUCUAACCUCAAAUUUUGAUAAAAAAAAAAUGUUAAGGUUAGAAUUAAAAACAGAAAUUUAUAAAAUUGAAAGCAUUCCCCUCAGUUUUAAAUAAAUUUUAAAACCAUAAAACCUUUAGAAAUAGUAAAAGCUAAAUAAAGUAAAAAAGAAAUAUAACCUACAAAAACCAACAAGAAAUGUACAAUAUUAUUGAUAUACACAAGCAAAAAAGGAGGAUUAAAAAAAAUCAUACAAAAAGACUCUUGCUAAAAUCUCCUCAUAAAAAAAAAUUUUGUAAGAAAAUUUUAUUAUAAUAAAAUCCUGGCUAAAGCAGUGCCAAAUUUUAACUCCAUACAAAACCAACAAAUAUAGACUUAACAUAAUGAGCCAAAUUUACAGGAAUUUAUAAAGAAACUCUAACAAAUAACAUUUUUUUUUUUUU